GUUCAUUACGGUACCGACCGCGACACAGUGCGGACACAAGUUUCUUUCCUCAAGCUUCCCUCCCGCGAAGAAUAAAAAGUAAAUCUUCUGCAAGGAAAAAGUGAUAGUUGUUUCGGAUAUAAACCGAAAGUGAUCUUAUUCACUGGAAUUUUCUUGAAAAAGUGUGAGAUAAUACCAUACAAUUUUUGUCAGUUUAAAGUGAAAUUAACUUUCGCGAGAAGAAAAUUUUUUCGAAAAGGAAAAUUUUCCCACGGAACUUUUAAUAAAAUAAAAAAAAUUGUGUGGUGGAGGCGAUCAAGUUAUAAUUAAAAGAAUAUAAAAAAAUAGUAAAACAAUAUGAUCGUUGGAAUUGAUGGACAAUAAGACGAAGAUUGUUUGAGAAUAAAUUAAGAGAGUAUAAAAAAAUUGCAGUGGAAAUUUACGGUAUGACGUUAAUCUACUGAGGGACUCUUGUUAUGAAUGGAAAUAUAUUCUUGGUGAUCUUAUGUUGAUUCAUGAUACCCAUUGACUCUACUAUUGGUCGCCUUUUGAGGACAAUACACAUUUUACAGUAAAGUUUCUAAACGAGAGCAAAGCAAAAAGUAAACUCCUGUACACCACAUACAAAUAUUGGUUCAAAAGACCCCACAAGACGGUUUUCAACAGCAGCACCUUGUUGACCAGUCGAUACCAAAAUCUUACACUAUAUAUAAAAUUAAAUAAAGAUGUCAUUCCUACAAUCAAUCUACGAUGGAUACAGAGAUCUCAUGGACAACAAAUCCGAUCCACGCACCAAAGACUGGCCCCUCAUGAGUUCUCCAUUUCCCACAAUUGCAAUAAGUCUCUCCUAUGCAUAUUUCGUUAAGGUCCUGGGCCCACGGCUGAUGGAAAAUAGGAAACCAUUUCAAUUGCGCAGCGUCCUCAUCAUCUACAAUGCCAUUCAGGUGGUGUUCAGCACAUGGCUAUUCUACGAAGCAUGCGUAACAGGAUGGCUCACGGACUACAGCUACCGGUGUCAACCAGUUGACUACUCAACGAGCCCCAUAGCACUUAGGAUGGCACGAGGAUGCUGGUGGUACUACUUCUCCAAAUUCACGGAAUUCUUCGACACACUCUUCUUUGUGAUGCGCAAACGGUAUGAUCAAGUGUCCACACUCCAUGUGAUUCAUCACGGAAUUAUGCCCGUGUCCGUCUGGUGGGGCGUCAAAUUUACUCCAGGUGGUCACAGCUCCUUCUUUGGUUUCCUCAAUACUUUCGUUCACAUCGUCAUGUACACGUACUACAUGCUCGCAGCGAUGGGACCUAAAGUGCAGAAAUAUCUCUGGUGGAAGAAGUAUUUGACCGUUCUUCAGAUGAUUCAAUUCAUUUUGGUGAUGGUUCAUGCGUUCCAGCUUCUCUUCAAGAAUGAUUGCAAUUAUCCAAUUGCCUUCGCUUACUUUAUUGGCGCACACGCUGUUAUGUUCUACUUCCUGUUCUCUGGAUUCUACAGGCAGGCUUACACUAAGAAACAAAAGGACGCCGAGCAGAAGCGGCUGAUUGCGCAAAAGAAGGAAAUCAAUGAAAAUGGGAAUGCGAAGCAGAUGAAUGGGAAAACGCAGAUGUAUGAGAAUCCCGGCACGGUUGAGGAUAGCUACUCAACGACGCGGCAACGAGUUUUUGUGGGUUCCUCCAAUAAUUGGAUUUGCCAGCCUGUUAAUAUCAACUGAUAUACCAACACUUCGUACCACCAAUUUCCAAUUUUGAAAAAAAAAGUGAGAGACUAAAGAAUUGAAGAGAAAAUGUUUUGUAUACUUUCAGUGCGGGAGUUUGUAAAACAUUCUCGCAUUUAUCCAAUAAGAUAAAUAGUUUCCUCUAGCUAAGGAUAUUAUUUGUAGUACUUUGUAAGGUACACAUUAAUCUCUCCGUUAGAAUUAAUCGAUGUUUGCGGUUAGGUUUUUAUUUGGAAUUAUAAUGAAUUUAAAUGAGGAUCUUCUCAAUAAUAUAUUGCCCGAAGAAAAGAACACGAAUGCGAAGCAAAGUUCUUGGGGAAUUUUCUAAGAAUUUAUAGAGAAAAACCCUCGAAAAAAAAUCGAUUGUGUUUUAGAAAGCAAGCAGACGUAUCCUCAUGCUUUUUUCCCUUUAUCCUUUUUGUAUAGGUGUUUCUAUGAGAAAGAAAACAAAAGUAUAUAAUUUGUAAAAUAGUAAUAUGGAAUUUCAUUGAAAUUAUAUAUUCUUGAACUAUUUUAUGUGUGUGCAUGUACAAAAAAUAUUGUGGGUUUAAAAUAAAUUUUAUACGAAUUUUUUUUCAAGACA